AUGGAGCAGAUUGAGACGCAGGCCUCGGACCUGCGCUACCUCACGGCGCCAGUCGCCGCUUUGAGCGACUCGGCCAGUGUCUCGUACGAGACGCCGCAGCCACGGCCGCCGCACAUGAGCCCGGGUUCCGCCAUGUACGGAGACAAUUCCGCGCUUCAGCAGCAGCAGCAGCACGACGAUGAUGCUUCGCCAGGGCUGGGAGGUUCGGAUGCUGGGGGAGCGGGCGCGAAUAAGAGGAAGUCCGUGGACGAGGCGGGCGGCGCGAAGCAGACGCGGAGCAAGAGGAACCGGUAUAUUUCUAUCGCCUGCAAUGAGUGCAAGAGACGCAAGAUCAAGUGCAACGGCGAAACACCAUGCCAACGCUGUGGCAAUCUCAACCUGGCGUGUCUGUAUGCGCCCAACUGCUGCUCCAACAACUUCAAGGACUCGGACGAGUUCAAGAAGAUCACGGCGCAGCUAAGCCGCCUGCAAGACGAGGUCAACUGGCUCAACCAGAACAUGCGCAACAUACAAACCGAGACGCGAUUCGCACCCCCAACUUCGGAUCGCAUUAUCCCUGCUCCCAACUCGAUCAUUGCCCCUUCUCCAUCGCAAAGCUCAGCAUCCGGCCACAGACCCGACUACCCCGGAAGACAGACACCCUUCCAGGGCCCGACGAGUACGGGAUUUAGCCUCGACGUGGCCAAAGAGACAAUCAGCAGCAUGGGGUGGAAGCCGACCGAGGAGGGCGAUGAUAACGAGCCGCCACCAAUCAGCCACAUAUCCUCUUCAAUCUCAGCGCAAAUGCCAGAACCUCUCCUGGAGUUUGACAAGGACGAAAUGGUGCGCCUGUGCCGGGUCCAUGAAGAGGAGAUUGGCAUAAUGUACCCUGUGAUUGACAUCCAAUCGGUGAUUGCUCAUGCCAAAAACAUCUCGAUGUAUCUCAGAAGCCAGCGGCCAAUGCAGCCCUUGAACGACCUCCAGACCCUGCAGUUGAAAGCCAUCAUGUGCUGUGCUCUUGUUGUGGAAGGUCACGGCCACUGUGAGAAGGCGGUGCGGGUGUACGAGAGCAUGGAGAACAUUAUCAAUCGAAAGCUCAUGUCGGACGCUCUUGAAGUCUCUGACCUUCCCCUACUAGCACUUGUUGCCGGCUACCGAUUCCUGUCCAACGAGGAGGUGCUCGCCUGGCGAGUCAUGGGCCAGGUCGUGCGCCUGUGCAUGGAGCUCGGCAUUCACCAGAAGCGAGGGCUGAUGAUGAUCCAAAACGAGACGGAGCGAAAGAAUGCGCUCAACAGCUUCUGGUCAGCCUACGUUCUCGACCGUCGAUGGGCGUUUGGGACGGGUCUGCCGUACGCCAUCCAGGACGAUGAAAUUGAUCCGACUUUGCCGAUGCCUGACGAAUAUCCAUAUCUCGUUGCCAUGAUUACAUAUUCUCGAAUAGGUGCCAAGGUCUGGCGUCAGGUAUCCCAUUUUGGACCCGUCCUUGCGCGAGAGCUGGGCCAGGAGGAGAUUGAACGGCUUGACCAGGAGAUUUUGCAAUGGUACGAGAGCGUACCGGAAGAGAUUCGGAUGCGUAGCUGGGACAAAGAUACACGAAUGACAUCGACACCCUCAUAUAACCUGCAGCGGCUGAGGAUAUGGACAUAUCUGCGAUUCAACCAAAUACGCACAUGGCUGUAUACUCCCGUCCUACAUAGCGCUACCAGCAUCAUGUCGCAUCCAUUGCAGGCACAGCGCGUCGUCGAUCUGGCCAAGGACACGAUCCAGUACCUCCACCACCUCAACAGCACCACCAACCUCUACCGGAGAACGCAAGUCUUUUAUCACCAGUUCCUCGCAGCCGCAAUAUCUGUCGUCUUUCUUGCCUCAGUACACGCACCGGUGCGGUUCAGCGCAGUCUGCCGAGAAGAGUUCUACAUGGCCCUCGACUUGGUCAAGGAUCUGUCUGUCAAGAGUUGGGUAUCACAACGCCUGUGGCGAACCAUCAAGUCGCUCAAAGACGUGGCGCCGCGGUUCGGCUUGAAUCCGGAUGAAGACCCUCAUUCGAGCGCCGCUUUGGGUAUGAUUGGGCUUGCGAGGGGACACAUGGACAGUAUGCCCGGUAGCCAGCCUCUGUUUCAGCAUCCCCCAAUGCCCCCUAGGCAGUCCACGGAGACGUUGAUUAGCAACAACAACAACGGGCAAAGGAUACAGAGCGAGAUGUCGCGGAUAUUCGAGGGCUACGUUGGUCUAAACGGGGUUCAGUUCGGAGGCAAUGGAGAAGAUCAACAUGUGCCUACCCCCGCCGCUUUAUCAUCUUCCGAUUCGCAGAAUGCCAUAUUUGCGUCGGCAGACGGGACAGUCUUUCCUCAUAUGCGCGAGAUGUUUUGA